GCACGUUCAGUAAAUAAACAUCAUUUUCCACUGUAUCAGGAACGUAUCGUUCCCCUCCUUCCUCCACGAAUGCACCGUCUGCAAAGAAAAGCUAAACUACAUUAUGAAGAACAUCUAUUGUUACAUUCCUAAUAUUAUUGGUUAUGUGAGGUUACUGCUGCUGCUGGUGUCGUGGUUUUUCUUGAAGCAACCACCAUGGUUCCUUGGCUUCUACUUGACAUCAUUCUUUCUCGACUUUGUGGAUGGAGCCGUUGCUAGGCGACUGCAUCAGACCUCAGCAUUUGGAGCUUGGCUUGACGUGGCCAUCGAUAAUUUUGGUCGUGGAAUGCUCUGGACCUCCCUGUUUAGAUGGGGAUAUUUUGUGUCUGCCCUGGAAUGGUGCACAUUCGUGUGCACGCAUACAGCAGGGUCCCAGUGGAAGUCAAGUUACAGCCAGGCUCCUUGGCUCAUCAAAAAUGUCAUGGCUGACAAUUUCAAGUCUCUACUUGGCAUGUAUGCCAUCAUGAGUUUGGAUCUGCUUCCUGUGUGGUUCUACGUUUGCCGUUUUGGGCUUUAUGGGUCCAGCGUCUUCAUUCCCAGGACGAUGCAGUACAUCGGCAUCGCUGUCCUCAGUGGGGGACGGGCCGUCUGCUCAGUGGUUGAGGGGUACUGCAUCUGGGCCCACAUCCAGCAGAUGAUAAGCAGCGAUAUCAGCCAGAGUAGCAGCAGCUUAACGGAGGUCGAGACACCUGAAAGCUGACAGUGAUGAAGUCCCCAGGGUUUCUGAGCCACACCUGAACUGCCUUGAGAUUCAUGCAGCUGUGUGCUAGAGGCUGGUUUCGAUGCACAGAUGCAGGUCUUCCUCCGUGCUGUUUUUUUUUUUUUUAAAAGUUCCUUGAAAAAUCUUUCCUCUGUAACACCGUAGUGUUACGAGAGGCUUUUGAGACGCUUAGUUGCAGCAAACAUACCACUCCCACGAGACGGGUCCGCUAUUGUUUAUGUCAUUCUAAGCAUGCGCUCAUGAUCUUUAAAGUGACGCAUACAAUGAUGUCAGUACGAUACUAGUCAUGUGUGACCAGUAUGUUUGCCUCCACCGAACAUUUCAAAGUCUCCAAUCGCACAAAUGCAACACGGUUUGAAUUGAGAAUGGCUCUUUUCAACUGAAAUUAAAAAUGUAGCGUUGUAUAAGUUUGAAAGCAACAAUGUACAUGUAUUACCUCUAGAACAACCAAUGCACUAUUUGAAAACCAGAUUUGAAUCAGGCAUCUCCCCUAGCUUUUAACAGUACUUUGGUUCAUUGACGUUAAUAUGCUGUAGUUCUUGUUAAUGAACUGUGUGCUCUUCCCUUGCGUUUGCUUGUGCUUUCUUCACAGGUGUAAAUGGAAAUGGGCAACUGAUGGUUAUAAACUAAUGAUCUCAGGUUAUUUGAAGUGCCCUCACCAGGUCAAAAGGUUAAAUUUGAGUAAAUUUGCUGAAUGAAUCCAGACAAUUAAAAGCAACUGACAUCCGAACACACAUUUCACAGAGCUUUGAGGACUUGAGCCAAUUUGCCACUACAUGUGACUAUGUUUUUUCCGAACUAUGUAUUUACAACGAUGUCACCUUUUCUUUGCAGUCUCAAUUAAAUUGCCAAGUUUUUGCUUUGUAUUGUGGGAUUCUUUCCCGAGUAACCAGCUCAUCAGGCCACUUACUUGGGCCAAGCUGGGUUAAAUGUAAGAAGUCCCCUUGGCCUGAAAUCAAAGGCAGUCACGCUUGCAUGAGUAAGUGCUGGGGAGGUAAUCUAACACUCAGAUAGAAGCCCUUUUAACUGGAAACGUUCAAAACUGACCAUUCUGCUUUUCAAACAUUUAUAUUUGUGUAUAAAAAGAAAACCCCAGCCACAAAUCUGCCCUUGUAAACGUAGCUUAUAAAGUAAUAAUUUGAUAUCAGAGAUUUUGACUUUUAAAUACAAAAUGUAAAUAAGUAGUGGUGCAUUUAAGGGCUGAGGCACAGGUUCACACCUAGGAGGAUACAUCCGCAUCAAAAUGACACAAGGAAAACACUCAGGGUUGAAUCAUUGAGCUUUACUCGCAGUUACUGUAAACAACAUUUAUAUGCUGCAGUGAUCCAGUGAAUUUAUUUUAUUCAGAAGAAACAGAAAUUGAUGCAAGUUCUUCCAAGUUAAAACCAAUUUUCAUAUUUCUAGAAACCUCCAAGCUUUUACCCGGCAUUUUUUUUCUUUAUGGUAAAGUACAGAAAUAAUGUUAAAGAAACCAUUUGAAUUUAAACCAAAUUAAAACAAAUGAUACCAUUUCCGAAAUAUUACUUCCUUCAGUUUGUCCUUAACCACUACACAAAUCAUAAGAUAUAUAAAUCAAGUAAGAACUUAAGAAACACAUUAUUACUUUUUACAGUGCAGGAAAGUUCACCUUUCCUAUUGGCCCAGAAAGACUUAUAUUAGCCAUGUUUGAUUUGAUUGACCGAAGUAUCGAAUCAAACAUGGCUAAUAUAAGUCGUUUGGAGUGUGCAUAAUAUUAAGUAAAGUUCAGUUCACUGGAUUUUGUUGUGAACCGGGAGCUUAAAUGACACAUGUGGGGAUACGAAUGAGAAGGUCGUUACUGCUCAUUCUAUACACUAAGUUUAGCUUUACAUAUUUUUAGAUGCAAUUUCUGAUGAGUUGUUUUGUUAAGAUGUAAUUCUCACGUAGUGAUUGCUCUGUAAAAUGUGAGAGACCCGGAUAUUUUUAAGAAUAAGUUGAAACAUACUUCAAAAUGUGAAUUGUUUGUUGUCUUGUUUUAAGGUCGAUUUAAAUCAAUGAGUUUAUAAGUCUUGUUAAGGUGAUUAAAGAUCAGCCACCCCUUCCACAUUUAACACAGUUAAAUGUUUGAUCUGUGUCUUGGAAAAAUAAAAACAAAAGAACAAGAACAACCUAAAAUAAAACAAAUAACAUACCCCCCCACAAACAAAAUCACAAAAUCAAAAUGGAAGCCGGCGGAGAAACAGCCCGACAAGAAACAGACAGUUUAAAAUGAACUUACAAAUCUGCAAAUGCAAAACUGGUGGGAAUUUCACAUUGCACUUUAUACAGGCAUCCCCCAAAAGUUAUCCCUUUAGGGCAAAUGACAGUUAUUUGGGGGACUUAUCACAGACUAAGGGUUAUAGGCCCAUAUGAUACAUGUAGCCUCUCUUUGAUGUAUUUUUCUGAUCAUGAAUAUUGCCUCCAAGUUGAACAUUGAAUUAGGUUGUUCUGUACAUGAUUGCGUGUUUUCUUCAGUAAAAAUCCUCUUAAUCAAGAAAGCACACUCUGGAAAAUUAGCAAAUUCGGAGGAUCGCAAUCUAACAAUGAAGCAACAAUUCGCAAAGAAGUUUCAAGAGACGCACGUCAGUCUGCGAUUGGUUUUGAAAAAUUAGCUCUGCUUCACACAAUUAACCAGUAAACUUAACAACUUUUCUGACUUGAGAUUUUCAAAGAAAAGGAGUUCAAUACUACUUAAGAGGGACUGGCAGGUUUUUAAAAAGUAUGGUAAACUUUUGUUUGUGACUGUCGAAAACAGCAUUGUGGAAUUCUUUCCAAUGACAUCUAAUGUACGUUAGUGCAGCCACAU